AUGCUGCUGGAGCCGCUGGAGCCGCGCGAGCUCGCGGUGCUGCUGACACACCUGGAGCACCGCGGCUUCAACCGGCUCAGGCUCAGUGACAUCCGCGCCUUCGCGCGCUCCGCGGGCACCUCCUGCUCUGCCCCGCUCCGCCGGCUGCUCAGUGACAUCCGCGCCUUCGCGCGCUCCGCGGGCACCUCCUGCUCUGCCCCGCUCCGCCGGCUGCUCAGUGACAUCCGCGCCUUCGCGCGCUCGGCGGGCACGUCCUGCAGUUCCUCUCUCCGCCGCCUGGUGGCGCUGUCCAACGGCCUCUCGCGCUGGGUGCAGCUGCGCGUGCUGCGCCCCCUGGCGGCCGCGCAGAGAGCGGCGGCGCUGGGGCAGUGCCUGCACCUGGCCCAGAGCCUCCUGGAGCUCCGGAACUUUAACUCCCUCCUGGCCGUGGUCGGGGGGCUCGGUCACGGCUCCAUCGCGAGACUGCGCCGCACCCUGGGGCUGCUGAGCCCCCCCCUCAUCCAGAUGUGGGCACAGCUGGCCGAGGCCGUGGGCUCGGGGGGGAAUUACCGGGGGUACCGAGCGCUGCUGGGGGGCGCGGGGGGCUCGGGGGGGUUCCGGGUCCCGGCGCUCGGGGUUCACCUGCGGGACCUGGUGGCGCUGGAGGCGGCGCUGCCCGACUGGGGGGGUCCGGGCCGCCCCCACCCCAAUAAACUGCGGGCUCGCUUCGCCCUGCAAGGGGCGCUGCUGGCGGGGAGAGAGCAGGGACCCCCCGGGACCCCCCACCCGGAUUUGCUGCGGCUGCUGGAGGUGUCGCUCGCCCUCGGCCCCUCGGAGCAGCAGCUGCACCAGAUGUCGCUGCAGAGAGAGCCCCGCGAGAGCGCCCCGGCCGGACCCCCCCCGGAGUUGCCCCCCGCCCUCCCCCCCGAGCGUUGGGUCCUGCCCGAGCCCCCCCGGCCCGACCCCGAGGGGCUCCGGCCCCGCCUGGAGCAGCUGGUGGAGUCGAUUUUCCGGAAUUUCGACGUGGACGGGGACGGGCGGAUCUCGGGGGAGGAAUUCGGGAUCGUGCGGGAGAACUUCCCGCACCUGCCCCCGCUGGGGGAGCUGGACACCGACCGGGACGGGGGGCUCAGCCGGGGGGAGGUCCUGGAUUAUUUCCUGCGCUGCAGCCAAGGAGCCCCCCCGGGACCCCCCCACCAAUUCCGGGCGCUGCGGGGGCUGCGGGGGGGGCCCUGCGAGAGCUGCGGGAAAAUGAUUUGGGGUCUGAACAAGGACGGGAUGGAGUGCAGCGGCUGCGGGCUGCGCGCCCACCCCUCGUGCCGGGAGUUCCUCCCCCCCGAAUGUCGCCGUCGCCCCCCGGGACCCCUCCCCAAAUUCUCCCGGCCCCGCACCCAGAGCGUGGCCGCGGCCGGGACCCCCCCGGAGCCCCCCGGACCCCUCCCCAAAUCCCGGCCCCGCUCCUUCAGCCUCAGCCUGGCCUGGCCCCGCCGAGCCUCGCUGCCCCCGCCGCCAGACCCCCCCGCGGAGGGGCAGGACGGGGUGUUCGACACUCACCUGUGA